AAUCUUUCAAACGAUCGCCAACUGCCGUGCAGUCAAGGUUUGUUUAAGUAAUUGUCCAAAAAAUAGUUUCAGAGUGUGAAAAUGGUGUCGAGUGUAAAAAUGAUCUUGGCUCUCACCGUCUUGGCCACCGCAGCCUGCACUGGGUACGCCAUUAAGUGCUAUGAGUGCGAAUCCGAGAUUGAUUCCAAGUGUGGAAAGGACUUUAAGCCAGAUAGUAGUUUCAUUACGGAUUGCUCGCAGAUAGAGCCAUCUACCACUUUCUCCAUUUUAAGCAUCGUAGGCCCAGAUUCAAAGCCAGUUGCCAGCGGUUGCAUGAAGCGGACCCUUGAGAUUCCCGAUAUCCCACAUAUUAUCAAGAGGUCCUGCUACUUUGGCAACAUCUCCGACACGAUGGAUGGCUGUCAGUGGGAUCCCAAUGAUAAGCUCAGCAAGUUUAUGAACUGCGCGAUUUGCACCGAGGACAAGUGCAACGGAUCCUCUUCCCUGGCCCCCAUCGCCGGAGUCAUCCUCUUCUUUGGCUUGGCCCGUCUGCUGGCCUGAACUAGGAGCCAG